AUCGGCAGACCACCAAUCGUGAUCGAUCAUGUCGUCGUCAAAUUCCAUAAACUCUUCUCCGCGGGAAGAUGGCGAAAAGGAAGAAGUGGUUCCCGGCCCAUCUUCUUCCCAGUCCGAUCCAGUCAUUCCGCAUUACUUUCCAACGCCCGCUCUGGAUCAUGCAUUCUCCGGUAUAAUGGCAGGUGCGGUUGCCACAAUCUGUAUGAACCCAUUAGAUCUAAUAAAAGUACAAUUUCAAGUUGAUACUUCUUCCGGAAAAGCAAGGCGGAAAGCAAGAGAAGCCGCUUCUUCGAAUACAAUUCAAAGUUCUUCGUUUAGAAGGAUAACGAGGAGGUAUCUGGGUGGAGAUGUAGCAAUUGAUAUGUAUAAUGCUCUUCGCACUAUCGUUACGAGGGAUGGAUGGUCAGGAUUAUACAGAGGAUUAAUGCCAAACGUUGUAGGAAAUUCGGCAAGUUGGGGUUUAUACUUUUUAUUCUAUACGAUGAUCAAGGAUUAUAUGUCCUCUCAUCAAAAGUUCGACAAGAACGGCAAAUCGGCAAAAUUAAGCCCAGGACAGCAUUUACUAGCGGCAAGUGAAAGUGGUGCAAUCACAGCAUUGAUCACUAAUCCGAUUUGGGUGGUUAAGACUAGAAUGUUUACUACGUCUAAAUCUGGACAACCGAUCUACAUGCCUCCGCAGAUCACCAUACGACCACCGCCUGAACCUAUACGAGGCCUUUUCCAUGGAAUUCGACAGAUAUGGAAGCAUGAAGGAAUACGAGGAUUAUACAAAGGUGGAGGGCUAGCAUUAUUUGGAGUGAGUAAUGGAGCAAUUCAAUUUAUGACGUAUGAAGAAUUGAAGAGAUGGCGAAUGGAUGUCGCCAGAAGGAAAUUGAAUGAUGGACGUAGUGAAGGAGAAGCGAUCAAAUUGGACAAUUUCGAAUAUAUUUGCAUGUCAGGCGCUUCAAAAGUGGCGGCAAUCGGUAUCACUUAUCCUUAUCAAGUCAUUCGUUCGCGCAUUCAAAAUCAUGCAACUGCUCAUAUCUAUCCAAACAUUCCUACUUGCAUUCGACUCACUUUUAAACAUGAAGGUUUACGUGGAUUUUAUAAGGGCAUGUCUGCCAAUGCAGUUCGAAUCAUUCCGGGCACAUGUGUGACGUUUGUCGUAUACGAGAAUUGCUCUUGGGCCUUGCGUGGAUUGGCAGAGAGGAGAGAUGCUAGGAAGAAUGGGCUAAGCACUGAUAAACCCGUUGACACUAUCACAUAA